AUGAGUCAUCACUUAAACGGAAGGCACCUGGGCACCCUACGUAUGGCGGGGAACGCGUCUUCCCCCGUGGCCAUCACUGUCGCUAACAAUCUCCCAAUGGCAUACUCAUCACGACCGACAUCAAUGCUUCCAGGCGCCCCUGGUGGGUCGUCUAUGCGUCAACCUAGUUCGCAGUCGCAGCAAUCUUCGGCGCUGUCGGCCCGCAUUGCAGCCAAAAAGGCCGAGCUGGAGAAUUUACGCCAGCUGCGCGAUUUGAGUGGGACUCUAGCAAUCCAAAUGCAAGCUCUGGAAAGCAAGGUCUCCACGUUGAAAGACGGCACUGAAGCUGUGGCAUACGUGCUAUCGAAUUGGGAUAAUGUUCUACGAGCCAUCACACUCGCUUCCCAAAAAGCCAGCGGGCUCCACGAACCGACCGAGGCGGAGAGCAAAGGAGCGGAUACAAAAGAGCGCUUGCCGGCGACGCUGGUUCGCAUUCCAGCUGAGCCACGUGAGAAAACGGGCGAAUGA